AUGGGCUCAAAAAUCAUUGCGUGUGGGGGUCCCUCACUUGGGCUGUCUGCCAAGUUGUGCAACAACUAUUUUUCGGGUCUGAUCGCAAUUUCUAGCUCUGAAUCUCUCAAUAUGGGUAUUAAGGCAGGACUGGAUCCCUGGGUUUUGUCUAGCGUCUUUGCGGCCGGCACGGCUCAGAACAAUAUCUGCGAUCGCUUCAAUCCUUGUCCCAGAGUUGUUCCAGAGGCUCCCUCGAGCAAUGGAUACCAAGGUGGGUUCAAGGUUCAGCUGAUGAAGAAGGGUUUCGCACUUGCGGUGGAUUUGGCUGAUGGUGUGGGCGCCACACUCGCUUUGGGACAACGAGGGCUUGAGACAUAUGAGGCUGCGUCUAAUGAUCCUGAAUGUUUUGAUCGUGAUUCGCGUGUGAUUUUCUGUUAUAUUGGAGGAGACGAGAACUGGGCACAAAGGUUCCAGCAAUAA